AUGGAGCCCGCCGCCGCCGACCUCCUCGCCGCUCUCUCCUCCCCCGGUUCCGGCGCCGGUCUUCACGCCCGAUUCGCCGCCUACCUCCAGCCCUUCUCCCCGUACCUGAUCACCGCGAGCCCUAACAACCCCAGGCCACCGCCCAACAGGCUGACGAAGCAACCGACCCCCGACGCGGCCGCCUCCCGCGGCCACUACGCGCGCGCCGAGACGGAGGCCGCCGCCACCCUCGACGCCCUCCGCUGCGCGCUCUCGCCGGCGACCGCCCUUGGGCCCGCGCCCCUCCUCCCCGAACCGCCAGCAGGCGUCGCAGGGGAGGACCCUGAAGAAAUCACCGAACUCGCGGUCGACCUCGCCGUGUGCCUUGCGAAUUGCGCCAGCAAGGGCAAGGUGAAGGAACCCGCGCCAUAUCAACGCCUCCUCGUCCUCGUUCACCAGCUCCGCCCAUGGCUCCGGAUUCUGAGCGAGGAGUCCAGCGCGAAGUAUCUCACUCUGCUUGUGAAUGCGCUCAGCCACUGUGCUGUUUUCCUGGCUGCCAAGUCUCGGUAUUUCGAUGAAAAGCUAGUGCACAAAUUCUGUGCUGCAACCUUAGAGGAGUGUGAGAAGCCACAAAUGAUCCAACACUUGCCCGAGGUUGCACACAUGAUCUGUUCUAGAGUAGAUUUGCGUUGGGGAGGGAGCACGCAUCUUUUGCUUGGUGUGUUGAAGACUGUCGUUUCACAUAUCAAGGAUGACUCACCGAAAGCUGUAAACGAGUUACUGGAAUUUGUAGCGUAUUUUUUUCGGAGCUUUCUACCUUCAAAUAGGAAUGUACAUUCUGAUGCUUCAGAAUUACUUUUACAAGGUGUACAUGCUGGUGCUUCAGAAUUACUUUUACAAGGUGGUUAUUUUCCCGAGAUUUCCGCGCCCAUCGCCUCAGUUCUCCAUCUCUAUGCUACCGCAUUACACUUCAGUACACAGCAAAUAGAAAGCGAAGAUCACCUGACUAUGACGGUGAAUUUUCUCAAGAAUGAAAAGAAUCAUACAAAUGUAGUUUGGGAGAGCUUCUGUAAAGGAAAAACAAUCCCCAAUUUGGGAAACAUGACUUGUGUCUUAAUGGCACUGGACCAAUUCAUUGAUUCCAGCUUUGUUGCUUAUAGUUGUACCAAAAGGUCUAAAAAAGAGAAGGAGAGAUUGGAUAAACAACGUGUAACAUUACUGAAAACCCUGGUUUCAGCGGUCAAAAUUUCCUUUGUGACCAACGAGGCUAUCCAGGCACCAAAGGCAUUAGAACUAUGCUGUCAAACAACAUGGGCAUACGCCAGACUUUCUAGCUGUAGACUAUCAGCAAUAACGGAAGGUCACAUCAUUACUGAGGAUCUACCAAAGGAUAUCAUUGCAGGUGUAUUUGCAAGGAUAGCAAAUGUGACUAAGGUUCUCCAUAGAUGUGGCUCAAAAGCGAUACCUGGUAUUGUUGUGAAGAGCCUGUCCGAAUCGCUUGUUUAUAGUGACACAUCUGAUUAUCAUAAAAGCUAUUUGGUUCUGAUCAAGUUAUGGGUGGAGGAAUUAUUAGCAUAUGGAGCAACGGAAUCCCGUGUGACCAUGCUCUGUGCAAACAUGCAAAAUAGAAUAAUAGAUGUUCUUUUGAAUGAAAUAUAUUGUUCAAAAGAAUAUUAUCUGGACAGAUCAAAGGUUUUAGUUAGGAAGGCAUAUAUACUCCGUGCAUCUGGGGUGCAAAACAUAAGCAGCUGCCUUGAGUCCUUGUCUGAAGCCAUAUCUUUACUGCGAGGCGUCUUACUAAAUUCAUCUCGAGGCAAUACAAUUGUGAUCCAUGAAUUGGCUAUUGCAUAUUGCCUGCAUGCACAUUGUGCCCAGGAAGCCAAUCAUGGCGGCAAGGUAAUCUUUGAUAGUGCUAGGAGUGUUGUUGGCUUGUGGUCAAAGAUGGGUACUUUGCAUCAUUGUUUUCCUGGUGUGAUCUUUCAGCAGCAAUCAGAAACUCUUGUACCACUUCUUUGUUCCCUGGUUGAUUUGUUGGCGAUGAAGCGGUUGUGGCCUGUUGAAUUCUUUUCUCAAUCAUGUGAACACUCCUUUGGAAAUCUGUUUGGUUUCAAUGCUAGUGUUGAUGAGAUUGAUAAAGUUGCAUCAUCUCUGGUUUCUGAAGGUCCUUUGAGUAAUCAAUCAACCCAUCUGGCUGGCUGCAUGUACUAUGAUUUGUCAGAAAGACUUCUGUCAAGAGGACAAGUUCUCCAGGCCAUUUCAUAUGGAAGAGAAGCCCUCCAAUUGCGCAAGAAGCUCCUAAAAAAGAAGUUCAAAUUUAAUUUGGGCAAGUUUGUAAGUGGGGAAAGCCAAUGUUCUGGUGGGCAAGGCUUUAUUUCACUUGAAGCAUGGGGACCAACGAUGGCUGAAAUCUGGCCAGACUGCACCAGGCCAAGCAGCAUGAGAGAUACUUUCCUUACCCCAUGGAAUGUACUUAGAUGUUAUCUUGAGAGCAUAUUACAGGUUGCUGUGAUGCAUGAAUUGGUUGGCGAUGGUGCCGAAGCAGAAGUUUUAUUACGGACAGGAAAGGAGAUAUCAUGUUUCCAAGGAUUACCAAUUUUUGCUGUUGUCUUUACAUCAGUGUUAGGUAAACUAUACCACAAGAGACAACUAUGGGAUGCCGCUGAGGGUGAACUUAAACAUGCUAAGGACCUCCUUGCAGAAAAUGAUGAAUUCAUUUCAUGCAAGACAUGCAAGUUGACUCUGCAGAUAUCAGUUGAUGUGCAAGCUGGAGAUUUGUUUUGGAAUCUCUUUGAGAAAGACUUGCAGAAGCAGUCAACAGACAAUUUGUCUAGUGCUUUAGGCAUGUACCAAUCUGCCGUGGAGAAAUUGAAUAACUCUGGUUCUGCUGGCUCCUGUGAUAAACUUAAUACUAGUUGUAUGUUGUGCAUCAAAGAUUCUAUUGCAGAAACCAAGCGUGGAGCUUGUGAUCAUGGGAAAGAACCCUUAGCAGCCAAGGAUGGAGUGUUACCUACAUGUACUCCUUGUUUGUUGUUCAGUCAGGUACCUGUUGACCAGUACGAUGUACCCAUGGCAUUAAAAUCUGAAGAAAACUUGAAGAGUGCCGAAAUUGCUCCACCAUUGGAUGUUAAAGUUAAGAGAGCAUCUAGAACUUCGUUACGUUUAGCUAAAGAACAGAAUGUGUCAGCUCAUGCAAAGACUAGAACAACCCGAUCUAGUAAGCGAACUGCUCAUGUGAAAAGUGAAAAAGACUUGGCUGAACUGAAUAGCAAAAAUGAGAUAUAUUGGAACAACGAAUUGUCCACAGGUGGUUUGGUCUGUGGGAAGCUAAACCGUUCUCUUCAUGGUGUUGACCGCAACAGAGAUGGCAUAUGCAAUAUGUUUGGAUGUUGGAGCUGCCUUUUUGUUAAUUCACUCAAUUUUGAGUGCAUUGCGAAUAUACUGCAGUUCAGAGAAGACUGCAUUCGCCGACGCCAUCUCGUGUCGCUUCUGUUAAAAACAGCAAGAACCUUGGGAGCUCAGGGUGGAAAACAUAGAGCUCAUGAAGUUCAUAGUAUCUACUGGCAGUGCAUAUCAUUGUUAUAUUUCAGAUCUCUUCCUCAAGGUUAUUAUAGAACAUAUGGACCUUAUUUAAUUGAACUGAUCAUGAAUCAAAAUACUGGUGAUUUUCUUUCUUUAGAGCGUGCAGAAAUACUAUGUAGUAUGAGUUCCUUUUUGCUGAAGGGUUUCCUUUCAGAACAGUCAAGGGAUGGUUGCUGCAGCUUCUGUAGUGUACAAAUGUCUGAUGUUGUUUCAUGGUUGCUAAAAGCUUUUGUGCUAUCCGGAGAGAGUCCUUCACUUCUCCAGGAGGUUUGCAGGCUACUUACAUGCAUAUUCUUACUAUCAGCGAUAGAUUCCACGGUCCGAUUACCUUUGUAUUUCAAGGGAUCUCUCUCUUUGAAUCAUUGGGCCGCAUACUUUCACCAAAAUUCUGUUGGAACUUAUCUCAAUUUCCAUUACCUUGCAAGCUUACAAGCAUUGCCCAGAAAAACAGAAACGAAGGGUGUCACUGGAGAUUUCGCAGACAAAACAGAUGAGGUUCCAAAGUUUCUAAGGUUUUCAUCGGCAGACAUGGAACAUCUUGAAAAGCAUGUAAUUGAAUUCUUCCAUGAACUUCCUGAUGUACCAACUGUGUGCAUUAGUAUGCUUGGAGGUGAUAUUGUGAAUCUUUUGGGGGAAACACUUUUUCUCCCUUCCCCUUUUCCUGCUUGGAUGUUGAUCUCAAGGUUUGAUUCAACAAACAAGCCUACCACGAUGCUUCUACCAGUGGAUCCUAUUUCGAAAGAAGCAGAGAAUGGGGACUCUUCUAUCAAAGAACUGGAUAAUCCAACUAGAACAUCAGAUAAGAAAUGGAAGUGCCCUUGGAGCUACACUAUAAUAGACUAUGUAGCUCCAACUUUCAAAAAACUACUUGAGGAUAACUUUAGAUCCCUCUCUGGUGCGACCCACAUUCCAAAGGAUGGACAAGCAAACGCCAUAAGGUGGUGGACAGAUAGAAUGAAGCUCAAUGAUGACCUUAAUGAGAUAUUGGAAAACAUUGAAGAAUUGUGGCUAGGACCCUGGAAAUGCCUUCUCCUGGGCCACCAAUUAGCUGACCAACAUAGCGAGGCUGUGCUGGAAAAUCUAAUCACUGGUCUGCAGUCAGAAUUUAAACUUGAAGUAGAUCCAGCACUCAUCAAGGUCAUCCUUGGUGGGGUUGCAUCAGUGGAUGAAUUGAAAGAAUGUGUUUCUCAACUUAUAUCAUAUAGAAGUUUCUUUGGCAAGGGAGGGUGUUGCGGAAGAGAUAGACUUAGAGCCAUCUCUUGCCAGACUGAUGCUGAAGCUCUGGUGACCCUCGAGCAUUUAUGCAACGGUAUAGUGGAUGAGCUAUCUGAGCCAGUUGAUAGAAAUCCGGUCAUUUUAGUCCUGGAUAGUGAUGUGCAGAUGCUUCCUUGGGAGAACUUGCCUGCUUUAAGGAAUCAAGAAAUAUACCGCAUGCCAUCAAUGAGAAGCAUCUUUCUAGCAUUGACUAGAAGCACUAAUCAUCACAAAGAUGCCAGUGCCAUGGCCCCUCCUUUUCCUGUUAUUGACCCUUUUGAUGCAUUCUAUCUGUUGAAUCCUAGUGGUGAUUUGAUCAGAACACAAGAAGAAUUUUAUCAGUUGUUUAGAAACUAUGAGUGGAAGGGAAAUGCUGGGGAUGCUCCAACAGCUGAAGAGCUCGUCUUGGCCCUGAGGAAUCAUGAUCUUUUUCUCUACUUUGGACAUGGAAGUGGAAGUCAGUAUGUCUCUGGAAAGGAAAUUGAGAAGUUAGAUAACUGCGCAGCUGCUCUCCUUAUGGGUUGCAGUAGUGGGACACUUCAUUGCAAAGGAGCUUAUGCUCCUCAAGGGGCACCUUUAUCUUAUUUAUUUGCUGGUUCUCCUUCCGUCAUUGCAAAUCUCUGGGACGUCUCGGAUAAAGAUAUCGAUCGAUUUAGUAAAGCAUUGCUCAAUUCAUGGUUGCAAGAAAAUUUUAAGGCCGCCAAGAAUUGCCCUAAAUGUUGCCGCCCACUAACACAAGAAUUUGAGUCCAUGACCGUUGCUGCAAAGGAUGAUGAUAGGCCAAGACGAAAAGUUUCAAAGGUCAAUGGGGCUCCCUUGGUUGAGGACAAGGCGGUGCAGAGAGAUGAUGAAGCUAGGUCUUUGUUGCAGAGAGACAUUUCAUGUGGUGAGGUUACCGAGAGGGAUGCUGACUGUCCUUCUUCGGGUUAUCAUAAGCCUGGGAGUAGCUGCAGUUCAUCACAAGAUACUGUUUCUGUUCAGGAACCAGGCUCUGAUGACACCUUGCAGAAUAUCACCUCUUUGAGCAAGGACACUAAUGAUCGGGCCUCUAAUGAUCCUGUUGCAUCACAGGUUGAUGGUCAUCAGCACAUAGCACAUGAUGAAGCUUUUGAGCGAGAUGAUUGA